AUGCAAAUGCUGAUGAAGUGGAAGCAAAAUGCAGGUUCUGCGGCAACAGUUUCAAAGAUUCGAGCUAUUGUUCGUGGAUACAAAAACGGGGAUUCUAACGAAGAUUUUAUCAAUGUCGGCGGAGCGUAUAGAGCGUUCCGUGAUCAGCCAUUGUGUGGAAGAAGACAUGUUUAUCGUGGAGAGCAGCUGAGCGAGGUAACUGGCCCCAGACCUGUGGCGAUCAAAUUCCUCGAUUUCAACAAACGUAACCUGCAGGAGGCCAAAGUUCUUCUAAAGCUGGCUCUUCACCCAAAUGUUGUUUCCAUCAUCCAUUCCGACGUGUAUCACGGAGAUCCGUUCACUCGAAGAAUGUUCAUUGUUAUGGAACUUUGUCACGAGGAAAAUCUUACCGAUUUUCUGAAAAACAGACAGAAAAUGCGCGUCCCGUUCGACGACAACCUUGCGAUUUCGUUCGCACAGCAGUUGCUCUACGGUUUGCAGUUUAUUCAUCAAAACGACGUCAUUCAUCGUGAUCUAAAACCUGAUAACAUCUUGCUAUCGCUUGAUAAAAAGGCCCCUAAAAUAUCCGAUUUUGGGCUGUCGAAAGAGCUUCGCAAAGGCCGUUCAUACACUGCCCAAAGUAUCAUGCGAGCUGGUACUGAUGGCUACAGAGCUCCGGAAACCUAUAACGACGACGUGAUUUCUAUAAAAUCCGAUACAUAUUCGAUGGGUCUCGUGAUAUACGCGGUAUGGAGUGAUGGAAAACAUCCAUUUGGUGAAGAUCCAGAUGGAUGGAACAUGUACAUCAAAAAAAACAAAAACCGUGAUCUCAGCCAUCUGCUCAUCAGCGACAAAACCAAAGCCGUAAGUUUUCUUAAGAAGAUGCUGCAGUUUGAGCCGAAAAAUCGCCCAACGGCUGACAAACUUCUGGCCGAUGAAUUGUUUCAAGAAUCAGUGAGAGGUGAUUCGUAUAUUUUGCCAACAAAAUUGGAAAAUCUCACUCUUGAAAGUGAGGAAUUACAAACCGAGGUUCAACGAGCAACAGGCCAGAAUCAAGACUUGGAACCUCUGAAUGAAACUACAGCAAUUGCUGCAUUAGAAGCCGUUUUAGAUUUUUCCAAUAUAGCAACAACAGAAGUCAGCAACGCAAAAUAUGAAAAUGUAAUUAUCUUCACUGCCAAUGGCAGAUUCAGCUUCUACAAACCAGCAAUAAAGGAAUGGCGUGAAUGGAAGGAAAUAUUCUGGCUUUCCGAUGGCCUCUAUUCUACUGUUGCAGUGAAUGAAUAUCUCUAUGUACUUAUGGCAAAUAAGGACGUUUAUCGUACAAAAUACGCUGAUGCUGAACCGAUAUGGGAAAGAUUGUCGGACAUAAUAUCUUUUCCCGGGCCUUCUCCACUCGCAGUUGCAAUGAGUGGAUGUAUCUACCUGUGUGGAUGUUUUGAGAGAAACCGUCACCGCGUCGAAAGAUAUAAUUCAACGACUAACGAAUGGCAAAAAAUUGAAAACAUGAAAACAGUUAGAAGUUUUCCCCAAGUUGUUGCGGCUAAAGGACGUUUGUAUUGUUUUGGUGGAUUUGGUGAAUCCGGUCGCCAGCUCAGAAGUGGCGAAGUGUUCGAUCCUGAAACUUCAAAAUGGGAGUUCACUGCACGGAUGUGGUCGAGUACUUCAUUGCUAUGA